AUGUGUUUAACCUCGUUUGACACUAUUUCUUACCGGUGGGGCCCACCGGGCCCGCACGUCAGGUUCAGCGGGCUCUUGGCCUACCUCUGCUCACGCGCCCUCUCCGCCUUCCUCGGCCUCUUGCUCCUCCCCACCGCCUCGCUCGUCGGCGCCCUCCGCCGUGCCGCCCCUGCCCUCGCCCGCGGGGCGCUCGCCUUCGCCGCCCUGUCCGCCGCGUCCCUCCUGCUUGGCUUCUUCCUCGUCCGCCGCUGCUCGGUCGAGGGUCCCAUCUCCGUCCGCCGUCCACUCUAUUUCGACUACACAAAGCAGCAGCCUAGCGUCGCCGUGUCCCUCGCCGGCGCCGCCGCCUCGAUCCCCGCCGGCCACUCCGUGAAGGUCUCCGCCGCGCUUCUCCUCCCCGACUCCGACCACAACUACCGGAUCGGCGUCUUCCAGAUCAAAGCGGAGGCGAUCGCCGCGACCGGGGUCCCGAUUGCCACGGCGACGCGGCCCUACAUGUUGAGGUACAAGAGCGACGCCGUGCGGUUGGCGCAGUCGGCGCUAGCGAUCGUGCCGCUCACCACGGGACUUAUGAGCGAGAGCCAGAGCGCUACGAUCAGGGACGUGCCAUCUGACGUGCGGGCCCCACCUGUAAGAAAUAGUGUCAAAUGAGCAUAAACACGUGUUUUGGGUGGACUGAGACAAUUGGACACAAAAGUUGUGAUUUUGUAGACAUAUUAGCAUCUACAAGUGCUCCGUGAGAAGGCUGCCUCAAAAUCCGUGGUCCUGUAAAAUUUACUCUGCUAAUAAUGGUCCCAUUAUUUCAUCACCUCACCUUCUUUCUGUGAGGGCAUGUUUC